AUGUUUAUCUUCAUCAAACAUGGAGAUAACCAAGAGUUUCUGGUCAACAGCAAUUGCUCUGUUCUCCUGUUGCUACAUUACAUUAGAAAGAAAAUGGGGUUGCGUAAAACAGACACCAUCGAUUUGUGUGAUGAAACUGGGACCAUGAAGUUACUUUUCUUAACAAAGACACCUGGGGACUACGCCAGCAAAUUCCUUACAGCACGAAAUACCUACUACGUUUGUAAAGUAGAGCGUGGAGCAGCAGGCACCAGGAUCGAGAAUUCCUACAAAGCUGUUGUGCCCCUCUUGAAGAAUCCAGAACCCGAACUAGUUGAGUCCCUGCGCACACAAUGUGACUUCCUGGAGAGAAGCCGAAUAAAGAUGCUUAGAACUCUAGAGGCUAAGAGAUUGGCAGCCAUGGAAUCCUCGGUAAAUCUUCCAGCAAGAUCCCCCAAGGGUGGUGGAACCCAGCAGAGCGCUAGUCAAAGCAGUCAACAGAAGUCUAAAGCUGGACGAUCAGAUGAAGAUGGGCCGGCUCCCACCCGCAGACCAUUCUAUAAGACUAGAGCAGACUUUCUCAAGAGACAUCGUUAA